GUCGAGAGCAAGAAGAAGAAGAAAGCCCAGCUAGGAACCUUUGCGUCGCGCCGAGGUUUUCGCCGGACGGUAUUUUCGCGCACGCCGCUCCUCCGCGGAGAUGACUUUGAACCGGGCGAACAUCGGCGGGAUGCUGCGGCUUCUCCUCGCCGCCGGAGCGCGUUCGUCCCGGACCCCGGAGAAACGUUGUUUGGUUCCCGCUCUGAAGAACUUCCGGUGCUCCAGCAGCAUCCUUCAUCCCUCCAGGUAUGAGCCGCAGACGUCCCUCUCCAGACCGCCGUGGCCCGAACUUCCUGCCUUUGAUCCUGCAGAAGAAGCAGAACGGCAUCGAGCGCUCGUGAGGAAGGUGAACGGUCUCCUCGAGGAGGGAGAGAGCGGACGCUUGUUUGCCGUCGUUCACUUUGCCAGCCGUCAGUGGAAAGUGACCGAUGAAGACCUGAUCCUGAUCGAGAACCACAUCGACGCGGCCUGCGGAGACAGGAUACGGAUAGAAAAGGUGUUGUUAGUUGGAGGAAAGGAUUUCACUCUCGUUGGAAAACCACUUCUCAGCCGUGAUUUAGUUCAAGUCCACGCUACGGUCAUCGAGAAAACCCAGUCCUGGCCGAUGGUCCACAUGAGCUUCUGGAAGAGACAUCGCUUCCAAAAAAAGAGAAUCAUCGUUCAGCCGCAGACCGUGUUAAGGAUCAACUCCGUUCAAGUUUCUCCUCGGCUGUUUUAACGGACUUCUGUCUGUCAGGAACGGUGUGAGAGUGUGAGGCCGUGUAAAUAAAGCUUUCAGAUCGUCGUCUUGAA